AUGGCAGCGAAAGGAAAGGUCUCUACGAUGGUAGCAUACGUACAAGAGCUUGAGUCGCUGCUAACACAUCACCACAUUCAACUCCCAUUCAAUCGACCCAAACAUUUCUUGCCUCCGCUGGCCUCCCCUUCACCCCCAGCGAGCGAUGCUCAGCACGCCUUGGGGAGAACAACAUUAUCCGCAAAUGAUCCUGCGGCACCUUUGAACGAGCCGUCCUUGUCGACCAUUUCAGAUGAAAGUCCACUGCCAAUGCAGGACCAGUCAUCUAUAUCGGGAGAGUCUUCAUAUGAUGUAAACCCUUUGUUAGACCGAAUGGGGUCGCUGCAAAUCGCAGAAGAUGGGCAGCUACGAUUUUUCGGGCCAACUUCAAACCUUCAUAUCUCCCACGUUGGACCUUUCCCACUUUUUAACUCCAACAUUCGGUCCGUUCAUUGGAAUGAAUCUCUUAUUCUAACCGCCGCUGGCGUGAACGACCACGUGAGCGAUGAGCUAGAGGAUCAUUUGACCAAGUUGUACUUUGCUUGGGAGAACCCAAACAUUCCCUUGGUGGAUGAGAGGACCUAUUAUCGAGAAAAGGCCCGGUAUAGGCAGAUGAACCAGCCUAGUCAUCGAUACUCCGAAGUUUUGAACAAUGCAAUAUGUGCCGUUGGAGCGACAUUGACUUCUCGCUACUGCCCUGACUUACCAGAGUGUCUGGUAGACUUUUUCGCAACGAGAUCCAAGGCACUUCUAGAAGUUGAGAUGGAUUCACCGACUUUGAGCACGGUGCAGUCUCUGGGUAUUUUGAGCGGUGUAGAGGCCCUCCUCACUCGAGAUGCUCGUGGAUGGCUUUAUAGUGGAAUGGCGAUGCGACUUGCAACAGACCUAGGCCUCCACAUCGAUGCUGCUCCCUUUGCUGAAAGAGGUUUGAUUGAUUAUGAUGAAGCACGACUUCGCAGCUCCACAUUCUGGGGUACUUAUAUUCAUGAAAGAAUGUGGAGCUUAUAUGUUGGUCGGCCUGAGUCUAUUGACCACUUGGAUAUUACCGUACAGUUGCAGUUUCCCGGUGACCCUCAUACAGAAUCGAGCGAUAUGUGGUGCCCAUAUAUCGAUGAGGGCCAGCAAGCGAAAAACUGGCAAGCCCCUGCAUUACUAAAUGAAGUCGCUCAAGGCACAGUCCAUCUUUGCACGAAAAUGGCUGCAAUACGGAAGGUCUUGUAUAGUAUGCCUCGAGGACGCCAGCCUGAUAUCAAGAAGCUCUACGCUUUUGCGGUGAAGGCGAGAGCUGAACUUUCUCUUUGGGCAUCUGGUUUAUCAGAAAGCCUUUCGGUCGAUAUAAACGAUAUCGGAAUACGUCUCCCGCAUGUUUUACAGUUACAGUAUGAUUGCACCCAUAUUAAUCUUCUUUUUGCGGACAUUGCUAAAAUCAGACGCAGUAUGCAAUUUCAUGCCGUGCGCAUUAUUGUUGAUCAACCCUUUGCCUUUCAGCUAGCGGGUGUAACCGGUCUGACGGAGGCACAAAUAGCACAAAGUCGCGAUUGUUGCCAUGAUGCAGCGUGUUCUAUUACAAAACUUUUGCAGGCAACUCGCCGGCAUUUCUCACUCCGCCGUGUGAAUAUCCAAGCCGUACAUCUUAUUUUUACGGCCAUGCUAGUCCAUGUGCACAGCGCCUUUUUGUCCGCCGAUUUCCAAAUCCGUGACACGGCGCGAAGACAGCUGGAAAUUUGCUCUCAGGCUCUUGGUGAGAUAGGCCAAGCAUAUAAAAAUGCUCUCCGGGCUUUGGAGGUGAUAACUUCCAUCAAAACGGACCUUUUACGUCAAGAGAGGAGAUCAUCCACCAGCGAUAGAAACCUGAUUAGUCAAUCCGGUACCGUGGGAUCAAUGCUCGCACUGGGCCAGAUAACAUCUGCAAUGCCUAGAGGAGAGUCUAGUGGAGCGUCUCAAGCCUGGCAUGGUAGCUAUACGAACGAUUCGCUUUUGAACAGCUUCGGAUUUGGGCUCGAUUUGAGUUUGGAAACUUGUCCUCCUACAAAUGACAGUCGUCCUUCCAAUGAACACCCGUCAUGGGAGUCAUUUGAUGAAUUCUCGGCGCCUUUGUGUACGGAAGAGAUUCCUCAUCUUACCUGA